AUGCCGGAGUUCGACGCCCAAGGACUGGUGGAUCGUCCAAGACGCCAGAACCCCGGGACCAUACAGAUCCCCGGGGUGGAUGACAACAUAGGGCGGGGCGCUGCUGCCGAAAGUAGCAGGCCAGCGGCCCGAGGAGAGAAGGGGAAGCAUCCCCGGGCAUACGUCCCUCAGCCGUCUUCAUCGUCGUCGCCGUCACCUCUGCGACAACAUCUGGCGGUGGGCAGUCUGACGGAGGGUGGCCGAGGUGGCCAAUCUUCGGGAGCGGAGUCCGAGAUGGAGGCCAGAUCUAGGGUGUGGGAGCCCGAGGGCCAGGGCCCGGCUGGCGGCGCAAUGGCUAGCAGCCAGGCCAACCAGCCGCUGGAGAAAGGCUCCGGGGCGGCCACUGGGGUGGCCCACAACGGCCUGAGGGCCAGAGCCCUCCCCCGAAGAGGAGGAAGGCCGCCCAAGGACCCCGCAGGAGGCCAAAGGCAACCAGAGGAGCCGAGGCAAGUCCCUGCUCCGGGGCCAAGCACGCCUAUUCCAGAGCCGAGCGUGCCAGCGGACCCGGAGCCGAGGGGACCAGCCAGCACUGAGCCGAGGGCCCUGGCCGGUCCCGAGUAG